CUUCGGUUACAGGUGUGGUGCGGCCAUGGUGUUCGAGUCUUGGUGGCACAGAUUGCUCCGUCUUGAGUUUAGCCAACUCAUCGACGUCAUACUAGUCGUACAUACAAAAACCACCAACAACAGGCUGGAGCUGCGCUCGGCCAACUCGCACCUAUCUAUCCCCAGCCAUUGACUCUCACGGCCAUGCCCACACGCCGUCGGUUUCCCUCCUAGACGGCCCCUCAACAUGGGCUCCUCUACAGGUCGUCAUCGCGCGCGCAAUGGCGGCGUCGACGUCGGCAGCGGCAAGCCCUCGCACGCGCGCCUCGCCCUCGGCAGCUUCCGCUCGCCGUGGUUCCUCAUCCCCCAGGGCACGGGCAGCGUCGCCCUCGUCCUGCACCAGCUCGACUACCGCUUCCGCGGGCUCGACGCCAUCUCCGUCGUCUUCUGGGUCGCCGCCGUCGCCCUCCUCGCCGCCACCUCGGCCUUGUUCCUGUGCCGCCUCGCCCUCGCGCGGCCGUCGCCCUGGGCCGCCCUCCGCGCCGUCGCCUCCGACACCUCCGAGGCCGCGUGCCUCGCCAGCAUCAGCGUCGCCUUCAUGUCCGUCGUCCAGAUGCUGGCCCUCGUCGUCGUGCCCGGGCCCUGGGGCGGCCGCCCCUGGGCGCUCGUCGUCUACGUCCUUUGGUGGCUCAACUGUGCCAUGGCCGUGGCCGCCUGUCUCCUGAUCCCCUUGCUCUUUGUUCAUUCGAUACACGCAGAGGGAGGCUUCAUCAACUGCCUGACGCCGAGCACCCAGCUGCCGCUCAUCGCCGCCCUCACCUCGGCCGCCGGCGCCGGCACCCUCUGCUCCGCGACAGCUUCCGGGCCCUUCCUCACACCAGCCGAGAAGGUGCCCAUGAUCGUCGUUGCGUAUCUCGAGGUCGGCCUCGGGCUGCCCUUGGCCAUUCUCCUCGACAUUCUCUUCGUCGCCCGUGUCCUGUCGCCCUGGGAGACCGAGACGGGCGCCGAACCCCUCGUUGGCGCCCAGGUAUUCUCCGAGAUGGUCUCGUGUGGCCCCUGGGGCCAGUCGAGCUUUGCUCUCCAGGCGCUCGGCGCCGCGCUGCUGUCGCUCAACGGCAAGCUGGGAGCCGCCGAGCCGGGGCAGACGGAGAGGGUGCUCCUGACUGACGACGCCAUGCGGCCACUCGGCUACGCGAGCAUGCUCGUCGGCCUCACGCUCUGGGGCCAGGGCACCUUUUGGUGGUUGUUUGCCGUGGUGAGCAUCGGGCGCUCCUUUGUCAACCACUUCCGCAGCAAACCGCCCAUGCAAUUUGCCGUGACCGUGUGGGCCAUUGUCUUUCCCUGGGGAGUAUACACAAACGCCGCCGUGCAGCUUGGGAAGCUGCUCGACUCGCCAGCAUUUCGCGUCUGGUCCACCGUGCUGGCAAUUGUGCUUGUCAUUAUAUGGUUGGGCUGCGCAGCAUUUACGCUCAAGGGGGUCUUUCUCGGCACUCUUUUGGGGCACCAGAGGGUAUGGAAGCGGCCUAGCAUCGACGACGUGAACGGGGCUGGCUGAAUGCCUGGCUCUACUUUUCCCGAUGCCAUGGAAGAAAGGUGUCAUGGCAGACAUCGGCUGCCAAGACCUCCGAGACCUGUGAUCCGGCUUCACUGAAACAUUUCGAGCAGCCGCUGCACCGGCCAGGCGUGGGUGUCGCGAUACCGUUCCACGACGCCGCGGAUGGCGUGUCUCUCGUACUGGUCCGUGAAGAAGUCGGCGUAGGUGCCGAUGCCCAGCGCCGCCUGCACCAGUGCCGGGGGUGACGCCGGAUUGCAAAGUGCGAUGCCGCAGAGCUCGAGGAGGAGGAGCCGAACCUCGUUUUCCACCAUGCGCCAGCUCGCCCGCGAUGCCGACUGCGCUCUGUGUCCUCGCGGUCAGUUUGAGCCCUCGACGGCCAACUCGCUGCUAAAGGUGGUGCGGUGCGUACUUGAGGUAGGGGUUCUCAGCCACCAGGACCGACUUGGCUAUGAGCCCGAGCUGCACGCUCGUCACCUCGAUGUUGCUCCCGUACCAAAUGGUGGGGAAAAUUUCUCCCUUGGUCUUGUCCGCCGACUUCUGAUAGAGGGGCUGGAACGCGGGAAGGAUGUCGUGCUCGAGCAGCUCCUGUUGCUUCAUCAAUCGCACUGCUUGCUUCGUCAGCUACGAG